UUGCGGGAAACUCGCGUCCUAUCAACCCCUCAUUCAAGUUUCAUACGCUUCGUUACCUGCAACAGGCAGAGGGGAGGGGUGAGGCAGGCCAUGGAGGGAUGCAAUCAGAAAAAGAGGGUUGUGAUUGUUGGUGGGGGUAUUGCAGGAGGUCUCCUCGCAAAAUCUCUUCAAUCCCUUGCAGAUGUUGUUCUCAUUGAUCCGAAGGAGUACUUUGAGAUCCCAUGGGCAAAGCUGAGAUCAAUGGUGGAGCCUUCGUUUGCGGAGCGAUCGGUGUUCAAUCAUGUAAACUACUUCAAGUCUGGGAGGAUUGUUACAUCUUCUGCAGUCAACAUCACUGAGACUGAGGUCCUGACCGCAGGGGGCCAUCGCAUCACAUAUGACUAUCUCGUCAUAGCCACCGGUCAUGCCGAUUCCUUUCCCAUGACAAGAGCUGACAGGCUCAAACAGUUUGAGGAAGAUAAUAAAAAAAUAAAAUCAGCCAAAUCAAUUUUGAUCAUUGGAGGUGGGCCAACCGGUGUUGAACUUGCUGGAGAGAUUGCCGUUGAUUUCCCAGAAAAAAAGGUGACACUGGUUCAUAGAGGACAAAGGUUGCUGGAUUUCAUUGAACCAAAAGCUUCCGUGAAGGCACUAUAUUGGUUGAUGUCAAAGAAAGUGGAGGUGCUUUUGGAUCAGUCAGUUAAUUUAGAUUCUAUAUCAAAUGGGGGGAGUGCUUAUGAGACAUCAACAGGAGAAACCAUUGCAGCCGAUUGCCAUUUUGUGUGUGCGGGAAGUGCCAUGCUAGCUUCGUCAUGGCUGAAGGACACUGUGUUGAAGGAAUCCUUGGACCUGAGAGGAAGAUUGAUGGUUGAUGAGUACCUGAGGGUCACAGGUCAUGAUAAUGUUUUCGCCAUUGGAGAUAUUACUAACAUUCCGGAAAUCAAGCAAGGAUUCUGUGCUCAGAGACAUGCAAUGGUGGUUACCAAGAACAUAAAGCUAUUGAUCGAGGAAGGUGACAAGAACAGGAUGGCAACUUACAAGGCUAGUUCACCAAUUGCAAUGGUUUCUCUGGGAAGGAAGGAAGCGGUGGCACAGUUCCCCCUUGUGACUGUUAGCGGUUGCAUACCAGGAAUGAUCAAAUCCAGGGACUUGUUUGUGGGGAAGACAAGGAAGCAAAUGGGGCUUGACCCUCAUGGCGCCUCCUAAAGGAACAGAUUUGGAUUCAUGGGUUUGUUAAAGCAGGUCAGAUUUUCAAGAAAUCGAUCUGGAACAUGAGAAUCUCCCUCACUCCCUCCUCCACACCCCAAAUAAAUUCAUGAGGUCUUUUAACAUGUGCUGCAGCAGUGGUGCAUAUGGAGGGCCUCUUUGUUAGCAAAUCUUGCUAUGUUUCUUCCCAAUAAGAGGGAUUAUCAGAUCCAUGAUGGGAUGCUUUGCAUAGUGUGGGGAGUUCUUCAAUUAUGAGUGCCCAUGAUUCAAUAAUCUAUUUUUCUAUUGCAUCCCACCAUUGAUGGCCAUACCCUAACACUCCUUUAUGGGGAAAUCAUAACAGUUUGUUUUGUUGCAUUCAAUUAAAAAGUCUCCCAAUCAUUAGUUGCGACAAUCUUCCCACCAGGGAUACUUUUGGGGGAAUGGUCUAUUCAUGGUAGAAUGCGACAAAUCAAUGAUGUGGAAUAUCUAACUCUAGGCCCCACUAUUUAGAAAUGCAAACUCACCUAUACUAUGCAAAACCUUGCAUCAUGUAUCCUAUAAUUCCUAUUUCAAUCUCCCUCUCCCUCUCCCUCCAUGUGCAUGUUGUGGAAGUAUAUGUAUAUGUAUAUGUGUGCGUGUGUUUAUUGUAUACCAGCAGAGUACUGUAACUUUUCCCUUCAAGUAAUAUAUGUAUAGGUGUUUGUGUUGGUCUUUAGACUUAACAUAACACAACCGUUUCCUCCUC